AUCUUUUAAAAGCAAAUGAGAUUGUCAAGUGUGUUUACCAAACAUCGGCAACGCAAUCCGCUGCCUGAAGCCAUAAGUAUUGCAAUACCUAGCGACCGAGAAUUAGGAGACCGGAUGGGACCGGAAUCUACGGUGAGAGACCGGAAAAUAGUAUCGGCCACUGUUGUCUGCACCCUCAAAAUGGCCGCUUCUAAAAAGAAACGUGUGGAAGAAGUAAUGGAAGAUGACGAAGCCGACGAAGUUGACGAUGAAAACAAUGACAUAGAUGAUGAGGAAGAUGAUGAUGAAAGUGAAGAUGAAGCCAUGGAUCAGCAGGAGGUACAGCUGGAUUUUGAAGCUCGGGUGCCAGAAGAUUCAGAUUUCAAUGGGAUGAGGACGCUUUUGCAGCAGGUGUUUUUGAAGGCAAAUGUGAAUAUGUCGCAAUUGACUGACACCAUUAUCUCACAGAACUACAUCGGAAGUGUUAUAAAGCAACCCUACAACUCUGAAGUAGAUGACGAUGAUGAUGAUGAUGAUGACUGUGAUGACUCGGUGCUGGCACUUACCACUGUUAUCAAUCUGACAGAGAGAAAGGAGCUGGAGUGUGUGAAGGAGUUCAAAUCCAUGGUUCUGGAAAAGUGUCGUCAGUGUGCGGCGAAAGAUGCCGACAGGCUUGAUAAGCUUCUUAGUGACCCUGAUCACCAAGUGGGGUACCUGAUCAGCGAACGGUUUCUUAACCUGCCUCCCACACUCACUGUGCCGCUGUUUGAGUCACUCAUGAAGGAGAUGCAGAAAGCGUGUGACAAGAAGAUGAAGUACAGUUUCUCGUACUAUGUGAUGAUCUGCAAGACGUACGAGAUGAAGACCGCCCACAACGUACGAGAGAUGAUCUACUCAAAUAGCGAGGAGGAGCUGUUUCAAGAGGUGAGCGAGAUCAGUUUCCGCUACUCAGUGGCGGACCAGAGGGAUGGGGUUGUUCAGGAGUGGAGCGCAGAGAAGGACAUGGAGCCCUUCAGGACUGUGCUUGUAAUCCCGGGUGUUAAACUCGCUGCUGUGGUUGAGAAAAUAAAGCAAGAGGUGGCUAAGACAUGAAUAAACUGGUUGAACCUUGAA